AUGUCCUCCCCAGCAACAAGAGCCGCCGCCGGCGCGGCGGCGGCAGCGUCAGCAGCGACGAGAACAGCAGCAACAGCAGCCCCAACGUCAUACUUCCGCAUCACCCUCCACCGCUCGGCCAUCGGCCUUCCCGAGCGCACGCGCGGCGUCCUCGCCGCCCUGGGGCUCCGCCGCCGCUGCCAGACCGUCUUCCACCCGGCCGAGCCGCAGUUCGCGGGCAUGAUCAUGAAGGUCAAGGAGCUCGUGCGCGUCGAGGAGGUCGAGAGGCGGCUGAGCGCCGCCGAGCUGCGCGCCGAGAGGACGCCUGACCCCGGGUUCUGGGUGGAGCGGCGGGCCGGCGAGGGCGGGGAGGCGGCCGGGCUGUGA